AGAAAAAGAAUAUGGCAUAUCUGAAGUCAAACGUACACAUGACCGACCCACUACCAUCUCCUUCGCGCCUUUGCUUAAAGCUUAAUCCCUCUAUAUUUUUGUAAUAACAACACUUUGAUAGGUCAACUGUUACUGAUAAUUUGAUCUCAAAUGGCACGGUCACAGUUCACCGUUAUUCUCGCGAUCAUCUCGUUCAUCUCUCUGUUGAUUCGUUACGGUUUCGUUUUCGGCUUCUCUGAUGUUACUAACGGCAGCUCCGUUUUCCUCCCUUUGCCGGCCGGCGGCAGCCGUCACACAACCAUGCUGCUGCCGCUCUUUCCUCCGAAAGACACGUCACGCCGUGCGGAAAUCUCCCGUCGCCACCUCCAGAAAAGUCCCGCCAGCGCUCGCAUGCCUCUUCAUGAUGAUCUCCUCCUCAACGGAUACUAUACAACUCAUAUUUGGAUUGGAACACCACCGCAGAAGUUCGCUCUUAUUGUUGAUACAGGGAGUACAGUUACCUAUGUCCCUUGCUCUGAGUGUAAAAAGUGUGGCAACCAUCAGGAUCCUAAGUUUCAGCCGGAAAUGUCAAGCACUUAUCAAUCUGUGAAAUGCAAUAAGGCUUGUCCCUGCGACCAUAAGAGGCAGCAAUGUAUUUAUGAGAGGCGGUAUGCUGAGAUGAGUGCAAGUUAUGGGUUGCUUGGAGAGGACAUCAUAUCUUUUGGAAAUCUAAGUGAGCUUGCACCACAACGAGCUGUUUUUGGAUGUGAAAUUGCAGAAACUGGUGAUCUUUACAGCCAACGUGCUGAUGGUAUAAUGGGUUUGGGCCGAGGUGAUCUUAGUAUAGUUGAUCAACUUGUUGAAAAACAUGUAAUUAGUGAUUCUUUCUCCUUGUGCUAUGGAGGGAUGGAUUUUGGUGGCGGGGCAAUGGUUCUUGGUGGAGUAAAACCCCCUGCUGACAUGGACUUUACCAAAUCAGAUUUUGGUCACAGCCCGUACUACAAUAUUGACCUGAAGGAGAUACAUGUCGCUGGGAAGCCGCUGAACCUAAAUCCACGGGUUUUUGGUGGAAAACAUGGGACUAUACUUGAUAGUGGUACCACCUAUGCUUACCUUCCAGAAGCAGCAUUUGCAGCUUUCAAAAAUGCUGUAGUGAAAGAGCUUCAUUCUCUAAAACAGAUUGAAGGGCCAGAUCCUAGUUUUAAAGAUAUCUGCUUUUCUGGUGCUGGAAGCAACAUAUCAGAACUCUCAAAAAACUUUCCGCAUGUCGAUAUGGUAUUCAGCGAUGGAAAGAAACUAACUCUCUCUCCUGAAAACUACUUGUUUCAGCACUUCAAAGUACGUGGUGCUUAUUGCCUAGGAAUUUUCCAGAAUGGAAAGAAUCCAGUUAGUCUUCUUGGAGGAAUCGUUGUUCGCAACACUCUUGUUACUUAUGAUCGUGAAAAUAAAAGAAUUGGUUUUUGGAAAACUAAUUGUUCUGAGUUAUGGGACAGACUCAAUUUAUCCCCUCCACCUCCAUCUCCACUUUCACCAUCGGUCUCAAGCUUGGAUAACACAAACCCCACUGCACACCUGUCUCCUUCAUCAGCUCCUAGUGGACCCCCUGGGUACAACACACCUGUGGAAAUUAAAGUUGGGCUCAUUACAUUUUACUUGUCACUAAGUGUCAACUGCUCAGAGUUGAAGCCUCGCAUUCCAGAACUUGCCCAUUUCAUUGCCCAAGAGUUGGAUGUUAAUGUCUCACAGGUUCGCUUAAUGAACUUUUCAACGAAGGGAAAUGAUUCCCUCACUAAAUGGGCCGUUUUUCCAGCAGGAUCUGCAGACUAUAUGCUAAAUGCCACUGCAAUGGAAAUAAUAGGCAGGUUGGCUGAAGAUCAUCCCCAUCUACAGCAUUCCUUCGGAAGUUAUAAAUUGUUUGACUGGGUCACUGAACCUCCACCAAAAAGGAAGCUUUGGCCGGGAAAUUACUUGGUUCUAGUGGUUGCGUUAGUUGUUUUGGUAGUUGGAUUAUCAGCUCCAGUUGGAUGGUUAAUAUGGAGGCGGAGGCAAGAACCCACUCUUCCAUAUGGACCAGUUGGAAGAGUUGAAACUGUUACUCAUGAUCAAGAACUGCAGCCGCUAAAAUGAAAUGAAUUACUUGCCUCGGAUGGUUCAUCAUGCUAAUAAGGAAUUUUUGAAGUGGAAGUGCCGAUCUUUCAACCUUAGUUUACAUGUCGACAAAAAUGGUCAAAUGUGAAGAAUUAUACCUGGUCAGAUGUCAGUGUUCCAUCGGGAAUAGAUGUAUUCUUGUUAAAGAAAAGAAAAGGAACUGUUGCUUUCGAGUAAUAUCACUUCCAUAUGUUAAUGUUUUAGAUUUUUAUUUUAGAUGACACGAAAUAGGUUGCCAUUGCUGUUGUACUCUCUCAUUCUGUGUGCUUCCACUCCAUUCUUCAGCUUGUUGAGGAUACUCUUCUUCUCUCUCUA